GCUGCCUCCCGCCAUCGGAGACCACCGGAGCCCGCAACAGGGGGCAGCAUGGAGGGGGAGCCCUCCCAGCCUCCCAACAGCAGUUGGCCCCUAAGUCAGAAUGGGACUAACGCUGAGGCCACUCCAACUGCAAACCUCACCUUCUCCUCCUACUACCAGCACACCUCCCCUGUGGCGGCCAUGUUCAUUGUGGCCUAUGCGCUCAUCUUCCUGCUUUGCAUGGUGGGCAACACCCUGGUCUGUUUCAUCGUGCUCAAGAACCGGCACAUGCGUACCGUCACCAACAUGUUCAUCCUCAACCUGGCCGUCAGUGACCUGCUGGUGGGCAUCUUCUGCAUGCCCACCACCCUUGUGGACAACCUCAUCACUGGGUGGCCCUUCGACAAUGCCACAUGCAAGAUGAGCGGCUUGGUGCAGGGCAUGUCUGUGUCAGCUUCCGUUUUCACGCUGGUGGCCAUUGCUGUGGAAAGGUUCCGCUGCAUCGUGUAUCCUUUCCGCGAGAAGCUGACCCUGCGGAAGGCGCUGGUCACCAUCGCCGUCAUCUGGGCCCUGGCACUGCUCAUCAUGUGUCCCUCGGCCGUCACGCUGACCGUCACCCGUGAGGAGCACCACUUCAUGGUGGACGCCCGCAACCGCUCCUACCCGCUCUACUCGUGCUGGGAGGCCUGGCCCGAGAAGGGCAUGCGCAAGGUCUACACCACUGUGCUCUUCUCGCACAUCUACCUGGCGCCGCUGGCGCUCAUCGUGGUCAUGUACGCCCGCAUCGCUCGCAAGCUCUGCCAGGCCCCGGGCCCGGCCCGCGGUGGGGAGGAGGCGGCGGACGGGCGGGCUGCGCGGCGCAGGGCGCGCGUGGUGCACAUGCUGGUCAUGGUGGCGCUCUUCUUCACACUGUCCUGGCUGCCGCUCUGGGCGCUGUUGCUGCUCAUCGACUACGGGCAGCUCAGCGCGCCGCAGCUGCACCUGGUCACCGUCUACGCCUUCCCCUUCGCGCACUGGCUGGCCUUCUUCAACAGCAGCGCCAACCCCAUUAUCUACGGCUACUUCAACGAGAACUUCCGCCGCGGCUUCCAGGCGGCCUUCCGCGCCCGCCUCUGCCAGCGCCCGUUGGGGAGCCACAAGGGGGCCUACUCCGAGCGGCCCGGCGGGCUUCUGCACAGGCGGGUCUUCGUGGCGGUGCGCCCCAGCGACUCCGGGCUGCCCUCUGAGUCGGGCCCUAGCAGUGGGGCCCCCAGGCCCGGCCGCCUCCCGCUGCGGAAUGGGCGGGUGGCCCACCACGGCUUGGCCAGGGAAGGGCCUGGCUGCUCCCACCUGCCCCUCACCAUUCCAGCCUGGGAUAUCUGAGGUGGUCCCGGGAGGGCUGGCCCCUGCCUGAGGGCCCCGAUUGGACACGAGAUACAUGCGCGCGACAGCGGCCUGGUGAGGUUAGGAGAGGAUGCAUGGUGCCUCCCUCUCCAGAGCCAGGCAGUGGUGGGCGGCUGCUGGUGAUGUCUUCUCUGCUGCCUUCACCCUCAGUAGAGGCAAAUGCGGGGGACAGGAAGGAACCAACUUGCCCUGAAACCCUUCUGUGUGGUGGGCUUGACAAACAUCAUCUCACUGAAUUGUCACAACGCUUUGGAGAUAGGUUUUCUUCUCUUUCUUCUACAGAUGCAAAAACUGAGGCCUGGAGAGGAGACGUGACUCGCCCAAGGUUCUCAGGUGGAAAUGGCAUGCGAAGCCAUCUGACUCCAAUGCCUGUGUGGUUUUUAUCAUCUCCAGCUGGCUCCAAGAGGGCCCCAGUAAGGAAGGUAGAACACUGUGAACUGAGUAAGUCCUAAUUAGGCAGCUAGGAAGAAGCGAAAAGCAAAGCCGCCCUGUCCCUUGAUGCUUUGUGUCCACUUGAGGGAGUCCCUCAUUUUCCGUUACUGAAGCCACUCCCCUUGAUCCUUUUCUAGAAGAACAUGGUGUGCCCCCGCUGCUAGCUCUAAUGUGUUGGUUUGUCUUGUUUGUUCCAAGAAGUUCCAAGAAGCCAUUGUCCUCAGAGCCUGGCAGCUUCAGAACGAGCCUUGGGGAGGCUGCCUCAGUUGCAGGGCACUCUAGGUCUUGCCCUCUGGAUCUGAGCUUAGAGAACGGAGGAGGGACUCCCAGACCCAGGCAAGAACUUACAAUGCCACAGACAUUGUAAUGCUGCAGGGCCACAGGAGGUGUCCUUUUAAGUACUCAGACAACGAGGAAGAGGAAGCACGGUAUGCAUUUUCCACACUGGGAAACAUCUGCUCACUGGGGCUGCAGGUACAAAGCCUUGCCCAAGGUCUCUCUCCUCCCUGCUUCCUGGGAGGGAGAAGUUGGUCAACCGAAGCUGCAGCCAGCGUGCCCUUUGGAGACUCCUGAAGGACACACACUAAACUCUUCCCCAGCACAAAUGACUUGUGUGCCCUAAAGACGUACCAGGAGAGCCCUGUUUACUCUGGCUUUCCCCCAGCACCCCUGCAUCAACUUGAAGAAAUGUGGCUUUUUUCCAGGGGACAGGGGCACAUGGGAUUGCCUUGGGGGGGUCCUUUCACAGGCCCCUUCAUCUUGCAGUUAACUGGACAUUUCCCCCCACCUCUAUAGAAAACACGACGUUGCUAGAAAUUUAGUAAACAGAAAAGAAACUUUUCCAGGGGUCAGGGCUCUGAGGCUCUCUUCCCUUAACCG